AUGGCGAAGCGGGGGGGCACGGGGAGGCAGCUGCGGCGGCCGAAGACGGCGCAGCAGCUUCGCGAGCACGGGGAGGGGUCGGACCCGGUGAGCACGGCGGCCGGUAGGGCGCACACGUGGGACGUGGGUGGCUGUAGCAGCAAGCAGCGCCAGCGGCGGCGGCAGCAGGCGCAACUGGCAGGGAGGGAGCGUCUGCAAGCGAGUGCAGACGCGGGCGACGACGAGCGAGUGCAGUGGGGGGAGGGGGCGCGGACGAGCGCGCGCUGCGGGUGGAAGGGCUCGGCGGUGCGGGGACGUGCGCGCGGGGGCGAAGUAGUGCAGCCGCAGCAGUCUGCGGGAGCGGGCGACGGGAACGGUCAGAGAGGAGGAGAGGGAGGUCGUGGCCUCACCGGGGUUGUAGGGCACGGGGCAGUGGGGCGUGGGGAGGACGACGGGGACGACGGCGUCGGAGACGGGGAGGCAGCUCGGCGAUGUGGCAUGGUCGAGGCAGGGUUCCGGGCGACGGCGACGUGGUCCAGCAGCGUCGGGGGCGGCGAGGCCUGGUGUAGGCCGUCGUGGGAGGAGACGAGGAGGUGA